AUGAGUAAAAAUAAUCUGUUGGAAAUUGUACCAUUCACCAAGGAAGAACAGGAGGAAUGCAAGAAACUUUUUACCACUGAUAUCACCGAGUACCUCCACGUGUGCCCUACCCGAUGCGUACUAACGGAGGCGUACGGGCUGCAUGCGGCGAACAUUUACAACAUGCCCUUACGCAGCGAUGACAUCGUUGUCACCUCGUUUCCGCGGUCAGGAACUACAUGGACGCAGGAGCUAGUGUGGCUGAUAACAAACGAAUUAAACUUUGAAAAAGCAAAAUCUGUGCCGCUAGUAGACAGAUACCCACUUCUGGAAGGCAAUCCAAACCAAGUUGCUGUAGGAGGACAGGACCUGAAGGGGAAAAGGGCGCGUCGCGUAGCUAACUUUUUCGGUAAAAGUUACAGCGAGGAACAGCUGGACCAGCUGUGUGACUACUUGAGCUUCGAGAACUUCAAGACAAAUGAAUCUGUAGAUCUGAAAUAUCUUCGCGAUACAGGCAUUUGUGAUACGCAAAAGAAGAGUUUCAUCAGGAAAGAUAAGCAUUUUGUGCAAGUCAGCGGUUGGCGCGAGUACUUUGAAGGAGAACUAGCGGUGCAGGUUCAGAACUGGAUAGAUGAGAACCUGCGGGACACCGACUUGCGCUUCCCAUCACUUUAA